GCUGGAUGCCCGAGCCACUGGCCCCACCCUCGCAAGCCCUCAGGCUCACUUUUGGGGGCGGGCCCAAGACGCCUGCGCUGUGGCGGCUCCCAGUCGAAGGCCGCGGUAGCUGCAGUGACCUGUUUCCCUACAGUCUACCUCUGGACCCUGGGGCUGCCUGGACCUUGUCCUCACUUGAGCCUCGUUUUCACUUACGCCCAGCCCCUCAGCUUGUGUGUGUACAGUCAAACCUACGAACCAGAAUCCAAGUCGUUCCACAGAAACUCCAGUGCACAAAGGGGACAACAGUGAAGAUACUGUUUUUUCCAGGUAGUCUGAGGAGGAUGUCAAAUGAGAGAAUCCCCCACUCAAGUCAAACUCAGGAGCAAGACUGUUUACAGGGUCAUUAUGUCUGUGAUAAUGAAGAAGUGCCAAUCAAGCAAGAAAAUGAAGGUGAUGCAGAGAUGGAAGACAGCCUCCCUUCCUGUUCCUCUCGAACUGAGCCAUCCACUUCUGCUGAGAGGUGUCCAUCUGAAGUUCCGAAGAGAAGGCCUGCCUUGCUGCAUAUUGACAGACAUCAGAUCCAGGCAGUGGAGCCAAGUGCACAGGCCAUUGAACUGCAGGGGUUGGGGGUGGACGUCUAUGACCAGGACGUGCUGGAGCAAGGUGUGCUUCAGCAGGUGGACAGUGCCAUUCAUGAGGCCAGCCGUGCUGCCCAGCUUGUUGACGUAGAGAGGGAGUAUCAGUCAGUCCUGGAUGACCUCACGUCAUGUACAACAUCCCUAAGGCAAAUCAAUAAAAUUAUUGAACAACUUAGCCCUCAAGCUGCCACCAACAGAGACAUCAACAGGAAACUAGAUUCUGUAAAACGGCAAAAGUAUAAUAAGGAACAACAGCUAAAGAAAAUCACAGCAAAACAAAAACGUCUCCAGGCCAUCCUUGGAGGAGUGGAAGUAAAAGUUGGAACAGAUCAUGCCGAUCUGGAGGAGGAGGAUGCAGAAGCAGGGCCAUCCUGUCUUGGCAGCAUGUUCAUGCCUGCUCAGGAGAUUGCUUGGGAAGAACUCAUCCGCACCGGCCAGAUGACACCUUUUGGUACCCAGAUUCCUCAGAAACAGGAGAAAAAGCCUAGGAAACUAAUGCUUAAUGAAGCAUCAGGUUUUGAAAAGUAUUUGGCAGAUCAAGCAAAACUGUCUUUUGAGAGGAAGAAGCAAGCUUGUAAUAAAAGGGCAGCUAGAAAAACUCCAGCCAUGGUCACUUCUGAGCUGAGUCCAACAGUCAGUGAAAACAAACCAAACAAGAGCAGCAACAUUCUCUCAAAAACAGACAAACGCUUAAAAAAACAUAUAAGGAAACUCCAAAAGAGGGCUCUUCAGUUCCAGGGGAAAGUGGGAUUGCUGAAGGGAAAGAGACACUUGGAGUCUGAUGUGAGGCCAAAAGAAGAGGGAGACUCUGAGGGUGAAGAGUCGGAGUACUUACCCACUGAGGAGGAAGAGUGGGAGGAGGCGGCAGGGGUUGUUGACCUGUCUGCCGAAGGCACUGAUUCUGAACUGGGGUCUGUGUUCAAGCGGCGGAAAUGGCAGAAAAGAGUCACAGUGCCGGAGACUGGUGAGGACUUUUUUCCAUGUUUUGGGGAAGAAUCUGAAGUUACCAAAGGAGGAGGAGGUUGGAAAGUGGUGAGAUGCCGAGACGAUGGAGAUGAAGAUUAUUAUAAGCAGCGGUUAAGGAGGUGGAAUAAACAGAGACUGCAGGACAAAGAUAAGUGUCCGAAGCUUGAAGAUGAUUCUGAGGAAAGUGAUGCUGAAUUUGAUGAAGGUUUUAAAAUACCAGGUUUUCUGUUCAAAAAGCUUUUUAAGUACCAGCAGACAGGUGUUAGGUGGCUGUGGGAAUUGCACUGCCAGCAGGCAGGAGGAAUUCUGGGAGACGAAAUGGGAUUGGGCAAGACCAUCCAGAUAAUUGCCUUCUUGGCAGGUCUGAGCUACAGCAAGAUCAGAACUCGUGGUUCAAAUUACAGGUUUCAGGGUUUGGGUCCGACUAUAAUAGUCUGUCCAACGACAGUGAUGCAUCAGUGGGUGAAGGAAUUUCACACGUGGUGGCCUCCAUUCAGAGUGGCAGUUCUACAUGAAACCGGCUCCUCUACCCACAAAAAGGAGAAACUAAUUCAAGAUAUUGUUCAUUGUCAUGGAAUUUUAAUCACUUCUUACUCCUACAUCCGACUGAUGCAAGAUAAUAUUAGUAGGCAUGACUGGCAUUAUGUGAUCUUGGAUGAAGGACACAAAAUUCGAAAUCCAAAUGCUGCUAUCACUCUUGCUUGCAAACAGUUCCGCACCCCUCAUCGCAUCAUCUUAUCUGGCUCACCAAUGCAAAAUAACCUCCGUGAGCUGUGGUCACUCUUUGACUUUAUCUUCCCAGGAAAGUUAGGCACAUUACCUGUAUUUAUGGAACAGUUCUCGGUCCCCAUCACCAUGGGGGGAUAUUCAAAUGCCUCCCCAGUACAGGUUAAAACUGCUUACAAGUGUGCAUGUGUCUUACGAGAUACCAUAAAUCCAUACCUCCUGCGGAGAAUGAAGUCAGAUGUCAAAAUGAGUCUUUCUUUGCCCGAUAAAAACGAACAGGUCUUAUUUUGCCGUCUUACAGAUGAGCAACAUAAAGUCUAUCAAAAUUUCAUUGAUUCCAAAGAAGUUUACAGAAUUCUCAAUGGAGAGACACAGAUUUUCUCUGGACUUACAGCUUUAAGAAAAAUCUGCAACCACCCUGAUCUCUUUUCUGGAGGACCUAAGAAUCACAGAGGUGUUUCAGAUGAUGAACUAGAGGAAGAUAAGUUUGGAUACUGGAAACGUUCUGGGAAAAUGAUAGUUGUCGAAUCCUUGUUGAAGAUAUGGCACAAGCAGGAUCAACGAGUAUUGCUAUUUUCUCAGUCAAGACAGAUGUUGGACAUACUUGAAGUAUUCGUUAGAGCCCAAAAGUAUUCCUAUCUCAAAAUGGAUGGUACUACUACAAUAGCUUCAAGACAACCCCUGAUUACAAGAUUCAAUGAGGACACAUCCAUAUUUGUGUUUCUUCUGACUACUCGGGUGGGUGGCCUAGGAGUCAACCUGACGGGGGCAAACAGAGUUAUUAUCUAUGAUCCUGACUGGAAUCCAAGCACAGACACACAGGCCCGGGAGCGAGCGUGGAGGAUCGGCCAGAAGAAGCGGGUGACGGUGUAUAGGCUUCUGACUGCGGGCACCAUUGAAGAAAAGAUUUACCACCGACAAAUCUUCAAGCAAUUCUUGACAAAUAGAGUGCUCAAGGAUCCAAAGCAAAGGCGAUUUUUCAAGUCCAAUGAUCUUUAUGAGCUGUUUAGUCUGACUAGUCCUGAUGCAUCCCAGAGCACUGAAACAAGUGCUAUUUUUGCAGGAACUGGUUCAGAUGUUCAGACACCCAAAUGCCAUUUGAAAAGAAAACUUCAACUGGCCUUUGGAACAGAGCAUAACAUUCCAAUGUGCAAAAAGUUCCCUGAUUCUAAUGCAUUUGCAAAUGAUGGCACAUCAUCUGAAGAGAAAUCUAUAGCUAUUAGAUCUGAUGGAAACACAGCAACUUCUAAUCAAGAUGAUCCUUUGAGAGAUGCCCCUCAAACAUCUAGGAAUCUAACCAGAGAAGAGACAGAUGCAGUGUCUCAGCUGGAGGGCUUAUCAGUGUUAAGUGGAAAUGGGGGGUGUUCAAAUUCUCCAAGAAUCAGUAAGAUGGACAGGAUAUCUGGUGAGGAAAGCAUCGAUGAAAAACAGGGCCUUUCUGAUAAAACAGAAAGCUGCCAGGUUCAAACAGAACCUCUUUGGGAGAAUCAACAAAUGGAAAAGAAUUUUUAUAAGCACAAGUCAAAAGUAAAACAUAGUGUGGCAGAAGAAGAGACCCAAGAGAAACUUCUGAGAACGAAGCAAAAGCCGAAGAACUCUAGGUGUUGCAGAGACGCCAAGUUUGAAGGAACACGAAUUCCACACCUAGUGAAGAAAAGGCAGUCCCAGAAGCAAGACAAUGAAAAUGAGAGUGAGAAUAAGGAGCGGAGCAAUGAUGAUUAUGUGUUAGAAAAGCUUUUCAAAAAAUCAGUUGGUGUGCACAGUGUCAUGAAACAUGAUACCAUCAUGGAUGGAGCCAGUCCAGAUUAUAUGCUGGUGGAGGCAGAGGCCAAUCGUGUGGCCCAGGAUGCUCUGAAAGCACUGAGGCUUUCUCGCCAGCGGUGUCUGGGAGCAGUGUCUGGUGUGCCUACCUGGACUGGCCACAGAGGGUUUUCUGGUGCACCAGUGGGAAUAAAGAGUAGAUUUGGUCAGAAAAGGAAUUCCAGCUUCUCUGUGCAGCAUCUUUCUUCAACGUCUUUAAAGGAGAAGUGCCAGGACAACAUCAUGAAGAAGGAUGGAAAAGAUAAUGUUUCUGAGCAUGUUAGUGGAAAAGUGGAAGAUGUAGAGUCCUCAUGCGGGGCCCUCACUUCGUCUUCACUGCUGGCUAAAAUGAGAGCUAGAAACCACCUGAUUUUGCCAGAGCGGCUAGAAAGUGAAACUGUGCACCUUCAAGAGACUUCUGUUCCACUGCCCUCCACCACAGAACAUGAUGACCUGCUGGUGGAAAUGAGGAACUUCAUUGCUUUUCAGGCCCGCGUGGAUGGCCAGGCCAGUACUCAGGAGAUAUUGCAGGAGUUCGAAUCCAAGUUAUCAGUUUCACAGUCUUGUGUCUUUCGAGAACUAUUGAGAAACCUCUGCACUUUUCAUAGAACUUCUGGUGGCGAAGGAAUUUGGAAACUCAAGGCAGAGUACUGCUGAUUUACAUUCAUUUCUAAACUUUUAAUCGACUUCUCUAAUGGAAAUUUCUGAUUAUAAUUAGUAAUCAUCAUGUUUGUCAACAGAGGUUGGCUGCAUUUGAUGUUUACUUUGAGUGAUAGCUAGCUCAUAAUUAAAAGUUUAAGGAAGAAGAAAUUCUUUGAAACUAAAAAGUUUUCAAAAUACUUGGGUUAAUUUUUCUGGUACUGUGCAUUAUGUUAUAAAAUCAGGGACCUGUCUGGCUGGGUGGCUAAGUUGUUUGGAGCAUCAUACCAUACACCAAAAGGUUACCGGUUUGAUUCCCAGUCAGAGCACGUACCUAGGUUGUGUGUUCGAUCCCCAGUCAGGAUGCAUAUGGGAGGCAACUGAUUGAUGUUAUCUUUGAAUCAUUUUAAUUGCCUUUAAACAAUCUUUUAAGGCGAUGUUUCAUUGCCAGGUAUUUUUGUUAGUAAAGCAUGAAAUAGCUUGGCAAUAAGUAAGACAUGUUCACAGAAAGUUGUAGUGUACUCAGUUUUAUACUGACUAUACUUUAGGAAAAUGAAGUUGGUUAUAAUAAAAAUAAAAACAAAAAAUUAGAACCAAAAGUGUGUUCAGAUAAAGCAACCAAUACAUGUGCACACAAACGUCACUCUAGACCACAUCCACUAUGUCAUUACUGCAUAGUGACCACCAUUUCAGCCCUCCCUGCUUUCUGUGAUGGAAGGUAGCUAAAUGUUUUUUGUUUUUUUUUAGAUUUUAUUUAUUUAUCUUUAGAGGGGAAGGGAAGGAGAGAGGGAGAGAAACAUCAAUGUAUGGUUGCCUUUCGCGCAUCCCCUGCUGGGAACUGGCCUGCAGGGAACACGCCUGCAACCCCUGGUAUGUGCCCUGACUGGGAAUCGAACCGCGAUUGUCUGGUUCGCAGGCCCGCGCUCAAUCCACUGAGCUACACCAGCCAGGGCCCUAAAUGUUUUUAUUGUAAUCGUUGUUUGCUUUCCUCGUGAUGGUGACUGCUUUAUGUCAGGCAGCACUGUUCUUCUUAAUGUCAUUUUGUUUCCAUCUCUUUUUCCUUUGCAUUCAUGAUAACUCUUGUGUUUUAAGAGGUUUGCUUUUCCGCUGCAUAUUUCCAGCUAUUAUGUGUGUGUAGUUUUCCAAUGGUGGUGUUUUGACCCACAGUUUUUCUUAUCCUUGUUUUUCUUGAUUCCUUUUCAUUGUUAUGUUAAGACCUCAGCUAUGAAGUCUUGUUUUCUUAAAUUCUUUGUACACCUUAAUUUUUUUCCUAGAGUUGUGACUGUGCAACUUGUUUUUUCAUUGAAUAUGUUUUCUCUGGCUUGCUAUUUGCCUCUCUCUGAUCUUUCUGUGUUAUGCUCACCUUCCUCUCAUUCCAUGUUUUCAUUUCAUACUCCUGCUGAAGGUGAGCAGAGCCCUGUCCAGAUCUCUGUGCUCCUCCCUGCCACCCAGAGAGAAGGGUUCUGGGUUUGGAUCUUAGGAAGGUGUCUGCUGGGCAACAUGAAGCUGUGGUGGGAGGACUUGGGUUUUACCAUAUCUUGCUGUGUGUAAAGCACACUUUUCUGCCCAAAUUUUUGGAGAAAAAUAAGGAUGUACAUUAUACAUGAAAAGUUCCUGAAAUGCUUUAUAUUGGUUCUUGUGUUUUGUGAUUAUUUAUUACAUAGAAUUUCUUGUACUAUAAUAUGUUCAAAAAUAAAUGCUCAGAUUCUCUUAUAAUACAAAAAACAAGUAUCUAAAUAUAAAUAAAUAAUUGAAUUAAAAAUUAAAAUGAAAGAUAUUUUUCCUGAAAGUUUGGGCCAAAAAAUGUGGGUGUGCAUUAUAUAUGGAGCACACUGUACAUACAAAAUAUGGUACUUUUCCAUUCUGAGAUUUUGUUAAAUAGCUUGUGCCAAGAAUCCCUCUCCUUUUGUAGGAGAUGUCAUAGAGUCAGGAUUAACACAAGGAUUUUCUGCUGAUUUUUUAAAAUUAUUCUGUCUUGUUCAUUUUUUUUCUUUUUUGGGGGGUGAUUCAUUAUGUAUUAGAUUUUAGAGGAGGAAGAAUCUAUUAUUAUGCUCCUAGCCAUCAUUGUCUAGAAGUCAUAGAAGGGAUUUUUAAACAGGUUAAUAAAUCUUCAACUUGAGAACUUGGCUCAUAAGGGAGUCAAAUUCAUGACUAUUUUGUUUCUGAGAAGGGCUUUUUUAUUUUUAUUUUUGUAAUUAUUAAUAUAUAAGAGAAUUGUGUCCCCCUUGUUCUGAGAUUGACAUCCUAAUGCAGUUAAUGAGUGUGAAGAGUUUGGGCAUCAUAUUGUAUGAAAUCUAAACUAUACUGAGUUAGAGAACUUGUAGCCUUUUUGACAAAUAGAAAAUGCUGUAAAAAGUUAGGAUGCAGUGAAAGGAAGGUGGUCUUCAGUACAGUUCUUGUCUCACCUACUGGCGUGCUGUGACUUUGGUUAGGUCACUGCCCUCCUGUAUCUCUGUGUGACUGUCAGUAAACAUUGUUAUUAUGUUUCCCAGAGUGAGAGACUUAGAGGAAGAAACUCUAAGUAUAAUGGUUUUAACAAUGUAGAGUAACUUACUCAUUUAGAUAAAAUAUAAUUUUGGGAACUUUAAAAGCUUUGUGCAGUAUACAUUAGAAGCCAUUUAAUACAAAAGAAAAUAGUAAAGGAAUAUAUGAGGAACAAAAAUGAUGAGACAUAGAACAAAAAAUAAAGGAGCAGAUGUAAGCCCAACUAUAUUAGUAAUAAAUGUGAAUCAGUUAAUCCAAUCAAAAUCUCUCCAGUCACAGAUUGUCAGAUUGGAUUUUUUUUAAAAAAAAUCUUAAUUUGUCUGCAGGAGGGUAUACUUUAUUUAUUUUUUUGAAAGUUUAAAUGUUUGUUUAAAACAAAUGCCAAAUCACUUGACCCUCAACCUUUCAAACUUCUGGCUAACAAAAGGUAGUUCUUCAGCAACAACAUCAGAGCAGUGGAGUAACUCAGACUAUACUGUAAUUCAAAAGCAUUACAACUGGAUACCUGGCUUGUGUAGCUCAGUGGAUUGAGCGCAGACCUGUGAACCAGAGUAUCGCAGUUCGAUUCCCAGUUAGGGCUGGGAAUUGCAGGCCAGUUCCCAGCAGGGGACACAUGAGAGUCAACCAUACAUUGAUAUUUCUCUCCCUAUCUCCUUCCCUUCCCUUCUAAAGAUAAAUAAAUAAAAUCUUUUAAAAAUUAUAUAAUAUAUAAUUAUUUUUUUUAAAAAAGCAUUACAACUGGAAAACUUAAAUCACCUAGCACUGCAUAGAGAAGAAAGGUAGAGAAUUAGCUACAGAAAACCAUUCAAAAGCAUUUCUGCUGCCUCACCUUUCACUUUUUAUCUAAUGCAUGGCUGCCAGCUCUAGACUGGUUUCUGUUUGCAUAAAAACCAGUUCAAAGGUUCAGUGGGAAAAAUCGUGUGGCUGUCCCAGGCACAAUUUGGGAAAGUGCAAAUUGUUUCUGAGAUACAGAACUUGGAUUCUCAGCCAGAUUCAUGGCAAACCUAGGUUUCCCCAGGGAACAUGUUAGAGAAAAUGACCACAGCAUUCUACUGCUAGAGAAUAACUCCCCGCCAGAACAAGGGCAGGACUCUCACAAGGAGGGUACACUCUAAACUAAAAGACACAAAAAGAAUGGGAAAAGGUAUAUCAUGUAAACAGCAACCACAGAAAAGCUGAAGUACAAUACUAGUAUCAGGCAAAAUACACUUCAAAUUAUAAAAAUUGUUACUAGAGAUAAAGAGGGACAUUUUAUAAUGGUAAAGGGAUCAACCCAUCGAGAACAUAUAAUGAUUAUAAAUGCAUGCACCUAAUAACAGCACCAAAACAUGAAGCAAAAACUGGCAGAAGUGAAGAGAGAAAUCAACAAUAAUAGUUGUAGACUUCAGUACCCCAUUUUUAAUAACGGUUAGAGCCACUAGGUAGAAGAACAUUAGCAAUGGAAUAGAAGAUUUGACCAACAUAAUAAGCCAACUGAACCUAACAUUCUAUAGAAAAUCCUAGCCAACAAUUUUAGAAUAUACAUUCUUCUCAGGUACACAUGGGACAAUCUUCAGUAUAGACCAUAUGCUUGGUCAUAAAUCUCAAUAAAUGUAAAAGGACAGAAGCAUGACCCAGAACAAUAGAACUAUUAGAAGAAAACAGGACAAAAGUUUUGACAUUAGAUUUGGUAAUGAUUUGGAUAUGACACCAAAAAAAAAAAGAUUGUGCCAUGAAAAUUUAAAAAGUGCUUCAAAGAUGCUACCAACAGAGUAAAAAGGCAACCCACAGAAUGGGAGAAAAUAUUUGUAAAUUAUAUAUCCUUGAAGGGAUUAAUCAGAAUAUAUGAAGAACUUAAACUAAAAAAAAAUUCUAAAAUGGGCGAAGAGCUUAAAUAGACAUUUCCCCAAAGAAGAUAGGUAAAUGGCCAAUAAACACACGAAAAGAUACUUAAUAUCACUAGGGAAUUAUAAAUCAAAAUUACAAUGAGGUAUCACCUCACACCCAUUAAUUAGGAUAGUUACUAGCAUAGAAAACAAAAGUUGACAAGGAUGUGGAAAAGUUGAAAAUCUUGUGCACUGUUGAGGGCAAUGUAAAAUGGUACCACCACUAUGGAAAGCAGUAUGGCAAUUCUUUAAAAACAUUUUUAGUAAAAUUACCAUAUGAUUCAGCAAUUCCACUUUCAGGUAUAUACAUAUAAAAAUUGAAAGCAAGGUCUCAAAGAAAUAUUUGUACAUCCAUGUUCAUAGAAGCACUAUUCACAAGAGGUGGGAGCAGCUGAAGUAUUAAUUAUAGAUGAAUGGGUUCAAAAAAUUGUAGUACAUCCAAAUGGUGGAAUAUUAAUCAGCCAUGAAAAGGUAUGAAGUACUGAUACGCAUUACAAAAUCAAGAAACUUCAAAAAUAAUUAAAGUGACAGAAAUCAGACACAAAAGACUACAUAUUUUAUGAUUCCAUUUGUACAAAAUAUCCAGAAUAAACAAAUCCAUAAAAACUGUGGGUAGUAGGUUAGUAGAGACUGGAAAUUGGGGAAUGAAUGCAGGCUCCCUGAUAGGUUCACAGUUCUCUUUUGGGGUGAUUAAAGUGCUUUGAAACUAAAUAGAGUUGGUUGUACAAAAUUGUGAAUGUACUAAAGGCCACUGAAUUGUACACUGAAAACCAUGUCUAGGUGUCCAUGAUGCGUUUAGUCAAUUUAGGUAACAUUUUUCUAUAAAAUUGUCUAUUUUGUCUAAAUUUUUGAAGUUAUCCUUUUGUGGAUAUUGUCUCUUUGUCAUAAUAGUUCAGCAUUUUGCUCUUAUUUUUGUAAACUUAUUUUUAUUCCAUAUGGGCCAUUGGCAUUUUGAAUUUUAGGACUCAUGUUUUUCAGCAAUUCUGGAAAAUUGUAGGAAAUGUUUCUUUGAAUAUUGCCUCUUUCCAGUUUCCUCUACUUCCAUCCAUCUGUAAUCUUUUCUAAUCUUCUAUUUAAGCUCUCCAUCAAAUUUUGAGUUUUAUAAUAACAUUUAUUUCUAAAACUGCUUCUUCCCCGUACCAUAAUCUUUGUGAUUUUAUUUCAUCACUUUUUUCUUAUUGAAUAUUUUUAUGGGUAAAAUUUUAAACAUAAUAGUUUUAGAGGGUCCAAUUAUUGUGUUACAUGAAAUUCUUGGUAUCCAUCCUGUUCUUUGUUGUGUCCUUUGGCUUUCCUUCAUAGUGGAUCUUUUUUUUUUUUAUUGCAUAGGCUUACGUGCACUAUGACAACAUAUUCACAAUCAUUACUUUGUUACAAUAAUCUUUAUUUUUCAAUUACAUUGACAUACAAUAUUAUUUUCAGGUGUACUGAUUAAAGUACUGAUUAACAUUCAUAUAACUUAUGAAGUGAUUGCCCCCACCUGGUACCAUACAUAGUUAUUACAAUAUUGACUAUGUUUCUUAUGCUGUACUUUACAUACUCAUGACUAUUUUGUUUUUAAUAUAUUUUUUCAUUAUGCUAUUACAAUUGUUCCAUUUUUUUCCCUUUAUUCCCCUCUGCCCUGCAUCCCCCUCAUACCAGAAUUCCUCUCCCUUGGUUCAUGUCCAUAGGUCAUACUUAUAAGUUCUUUAGCUUCUACAUUUCCCAUACUAUUCUUGCCCUCCCCCUGUCUAUUUUAUACUUAUCAUCUAUGCUACUUAUUCUCUGUACCUUUUCCCCCAUUCUCCCACUUCCCCCUCCCCACUGAUAACCCUCCAUGUGAUCUCCAUUUCUAUGAUUCUGUUCCUGUUCUAGUGGUUUUCUAGUGGUUCAUUUUUGUCUUUUAUUAGGUUUAGUUGUUGUUAAUUGUGAGUUGUCAUUUUACUAUUAAUAGUUUUGAUCAUCUUUUUCUUAGAUAAGUCCCUUUAACAUUUUAUGUAAUAAGGGCUUGGUGAUGAUUAACUUCUUUAACUUGACCUUAUCUGGUAAGCAUUUUAUCUGCUCUUCCAUUCUAAAUGAUAGCUUUGCUGGAUAGAGUAAUCUUGGAUGUAGGUCCUUACCUUUCAUGACUUGGAAUACUUUUUCCAGACCCUUCUUACCUAUAAGGUUUCUUUUGAGAAAUCAGACAGUCGUAUGGGAACUCUUUUGUAGGUAACUGUCUCCUUUUGUCUUGCUGCUUUUGAUAUUUAAUGUAAUUAUGAUGUGCCUUGGUGUGUGCUUCCUUGGGUCCAAUUUGUUUGGGACUCUCUGAGCUGCCUGGACUUCCUGGAAGUCUAUUUCCUUUGCCAGAUUGGGAAAAUUCUCCAUUAUGUUUUUAAAUAAAUUUUCAAUUUCUUGCUCUUCAUCUUCUCCUUCUGACACCCCUAUGAUUCCGAUGUUGGAACAUUUAAAGUUGUCCCAAGGGUUCUGAAGCCUGUCCUUAAUUUUUUUGAAUUCUUGUUUCUUCGUUCUGUUGUGGUUGAAUGUUUCUUCCUUCUGGUCCAAAUUAUUGAUUUGAAUCUGCUUCCUUCCCUUCACUGUUGGUUCCCUGUAUAUUUUUCUUUAUUUCACUUUGUGUAGCCUUCACUUUUCCCUCUAUUUUGUGACUGUAUUCAACCAUUUCUGUGAGCAUCCUGAUUACCAAUGUUUUUAACUCUGCAUCUGAUAGGUGGGCUGUCUUUUCAUCACAUAGUUCUGUUUUUUGGAGUUUUAUCUAUUCUUUCAUUUGGGCUUUUUUUUUUUUUUUUGUCUCUGUGCCCCUGUUACAUUGUACAGGGCAGGACCUCAGGUAUUCACUAGAGUGAGACAACCCAACUGGCAGUGUUUGGUGCUGUAUAUGGGAAAGGGAUUCUAGAGGGAACCGUUGGGAACUACUCUGCCUGGUUUCAGGACUUGUAACUGCCCCCCAUGACUAAGGCUGAGUGAGCAACCUCCAGACUGUGAGUCACUGAGGAGACAAAGCUUAUCUCUGGCAGUAGCGCUGCUUCUGCUUCAUCCCCUGCCCCCAAUGCUUGGUUUGUUAGUCAGAAAUGGGUAAGAUCCCUCAGAGGAGUGGCAACCUAAGCCAGACAUGAUCACUUGGGAGGCCCUCAAGGAAGGACUCGAGGGGCUGCAGCAAAGAGGGGGUGAUGGACCCUCGCCCCCCCCCCAGCUAUUUUGACAUAGCCCGAGUCCCCAUUUCUGUCUGGGAGAAGCACUUCCUGUCUCUAAUCCACUUAAGCCUAAAAACCUAUGACUGGGAAGAUGGUGCAUCCCCUUGCCACGAAGAGCAGGAUCUUGGUUGAUCAGGCGUAAGAAAGAAUUCCUAAAGUCUUGUGAAGUCUGCUUUGCUAAGAGUACUUUCAGUCAUAUGUUAAGGGUCCAAUCAGGAAGUAAGUAUGUCUCCCAAAGUUUCUGCAACCCCCUUACCUGAUAGACACUGACUCAGACUAAGCCCUCAGAUUUCUUUGAAAUGUUAUCUACUGUUUGAUUCUUGCUGCCUGACAUCGAUUGAUGAGCUUUAUCUGUAUUCCUGUGUAUUACAACCUAAUAAAAGCUGUUGAAGAAGAGGUUCUUUGUCCUUCUGUGAGAGAUUGACCACCUCUCCUCCCCAGGCAGAUCAUGUCUUGGUAGUUUCACUUUCAUCCGUGGUGGACGGGGGGACUUACUGGCAAAGUUGCCCUCACAGGGAGCAAUGCCACUUACUUGGCUCUGGGCUUCUUUUCAGUUACCACCCCCCCCAGGUACCCACAAGCAAAUUGGGCCCUUCUGGUGCUGAUUCCCAGGUGGGUGGGUUUGUGUACAUUCUAGGACCCUUGGGUCUCUCCAAAAAUCUUUUCUAUGAAGCUGAGAGAUUCUUCCACUGCCACAACCCUCACAGGUUCUUAGCCAGAGAUUUUGAGGUUGUUUCUCCAUGCUGAAACCCUGGGUUGCAUGAUCUUGUCUCACUCCUCAGUUGUUUCCCCUGGUUUAUCCUUAUGCAACUGUGGGACCACUUGGUCCUCAAGCCACGCCUUGCUGUGAGUCCUCUAACCCCAGUUACCCAUCUCUGCCCCUCCUACCAGUCUGAAUGAAUGUUUCUUCUUUAACUCCUUGGUUAUCAGUCUUCCAUAUAGUUUGACUUUCUGGCAGGACUGGUUAUUUUUUUUUUGCUUUUAAGUUUAUUGUCCUUUUGGUUGUAUGAGGAGGCAAAGUUUAUCUACCUGUGCCUCCAUUUUGGCUAGAAGUCCCAUGACUCUUUUGUAACUACCAAUCUGUAUUCCUUAAUCUCUUCACCUUUUUCACCCAACCCCCUAACUCAUCUGGCAACUGUCAUAAUGUUCUCCAUGAGUCUUCUGGUCAAGAUGGAGACAUUGGUAGACAUGCUUCACCCCAUUGCACAACCAUAUUAAAAAUGAAAAACACCCAGAACUGCUGGAAAACCACGCAGAAAAACAUCCAGAACUGUACACACAUCAAACAACCAAGAAUUUAAAUAAGGUAUAUUCAUUCAGAUGAGUAGGAAGGGUUGAGACAGUGAGUCAAGGUGGGGGUGAUGCUGUGUGGUAGUAGCACAUAGUGAAGGGGUGAUGAGGCAGCAGUGGUCUUUGAAACUGGUAGUCCCACAUUCACUAGUGGUAGGUAAAAAUCAGGGCAAUACCUUGUGAGUGAGCGAGCACAGCCCCAGGCCAGACUGCAGACACGGGGUCCAGCCCAGGGAAAAGUAAAGUCUCAUAACUUUUGUCUGUAAAGGCAUUGUGGAUUGGGACAGUAGAAAAAACUAGUUUCUCAGGAGAGCCCAGAAUGUGUACAAACCCACCCACCUUGGGAACCACAACCAGGACAGCAACUGGAAGGACACCAGUCACAUUCAGGAAGUGGAUGAAGUAACUGGAAAAGGAGCGAGUGCCAGACAAGACUUCAGAAGUCAGCUAGCAGCAGCAUUGUCCCGUCUUCAACCCUUACCUCACACACACAGCCACAAAGUGGCGAGCGGAUUGCCCUGCCCUGACAAAUACCAAAGACUCUGUCCCAUACAACCUAACAUGUAUACUAAGAUAGGAAAUAAAAGCAGCUCUACCUGGUACACAAACAUGGGGUGGCUGCCAAAAUCAGGAGACAAAUAAAUAUGGCCCAAAUGAAGAAACAGAACAGAAUCCCAGAAAAAAAGUAUUAAGCAAUGUGGAGAUAGCCAACCUAUCAGAUGUAGAGUUCAAAACACUGGUGAUCAGAAUGCUCACAGAUCUCAUUGAAUAUGGCAAAAGCAUAAUAAUGGGAGGAGAAAGGCUAUACUAUGGGAAAUAGAGAAAAAUCCACAGGAAACCAAGAGUGAAGGGAAGGAAGCUGGGAUUCAAAUCAACGAUGUGGAACGUAAGGAAGAAAUAAAAUGUUUGACUAGAACAAAAUGAAGAAACAAGAAUUUUUUUUUAAAGGAAGGUUUUCUUAAGAAGACUCUGGGACAUCUCCAAAAGGGCCAACCUUCUAGUCAUAAGAAUGCCAGAAGGAGAAGAGGAAGAACAAGAAAUUUAAAACUUACUUCAAGAAAUAAUGAAAGAAAACUUCCCUAAUUUGGCAAAGGAAAUAGACAUACAAGUCCAGGAAUCACAGAGAGUCCCAAACAAGUUGAACCCAAACAGGUCCACACCAAGACACAUCAUAUUAAAAUGUCAAAAAUUAAAAAUGAGAGAACCUUAAAAGCAGCAAGAGAAAGGUAGAGAGUUACCUACAAAGGAAUUCCUAUAAGACUAUCAGCUGAUUUCUCAAAACAGAUUUUGCAGGCAAGAAGUAUACAAAGUGAUGAAAAGCAUGGACCUACAUCCAAGAUUACUCUAUCCAGUAAAAGCUAUAUUUAGAAUGGAAGGACAGAUAAAGUGCUACCCAGACAAGGUAAAGUUAAAGGAGUUCAUCACUAAGCCCUUAUUCCAUGAAGUGUUAAAGGGACUUAUUUAAGGGGAAAAAUAGAUCAAAACUAUGAACAUUAAAAUGACGAAUUCAGGGGGAUGGGCUGGGAUGGGAGUAAAAGACAAACUGUACUUGAACAACAAUUAAAUUUUAAAAAAGAAUGUAGAAAAUCAACAUGAAACAUAAGCAACUCAAUUUGAAAAAUUGGAGAAGAACCUGAAUAGACAAUUCUGCAAAGAAGGCAUAAUAGGUUAAUAGACAUAUGAAAGGAUUCUUAAUGUCACUAAUCAUUAGAGAAAUGCAAAUUAAAAGCUGUUAUAUUAAAAGUCAAAUAAAAUAGAAAAACUUCAUAGAAAAGGAGAAAUGUAUGAUGAACAAAGAAAGGAAGCAGAUAAAAUAGGGAAAAUAAG